CAGCACCUGUUACUUUGUGAUUGCUGCCCCACCCACUCUUUGACUGGAAAGAGAGCAAGUGUGUGAAUUUGUUUGUGCCGUUUCUUAGGUUCUCUUCUCCCAAAUCCUGGGGGACGAUCAUCGUUGCAACAUGGUUUGGCUUUUGAUUCUCUGGGUUGUCCAAGGUUCUACUGCCUCGAUGGGGCCACGUCGCAGACAAAAUGAUUGGUAUAAAACACCUGAAACCAGAGAAGAGGACUUACAGUUCGACCUUGCUAUCAUGGAGGGAGACAUUCUGGUUUCGGUGAGUCUAUGAUCCCUGCUUUCUCUCCUGUUACUUGCAUCUUUUAGGCUGAUGAAUCCGAUUGAUACCACCUUCUGGUAUACACAGCCUGAAGCUAAUGACUGCAAAAUAAUUCAAACCAGAUUGUUGAAUAGAAGUACAUUUGAACUUGCUCUACCGGUUGGUUGUCCAUGGUGUUGGUCCUUCAGAUGGUCAAAAUUUGAGACCCAAAAUAUCCACAGGAAAAUACACAACGCCGGCAUACUACUAAGUGAUAGAAAUUUCAACAUCAGUACCGCCACUCUAAAAAGUUGUGUUAACAGUACUUUCCUGUGGAUAUUUUGACCAUCUGAAGGAUCAACACCACGGACCACCAGUAGAGUAAGUUUCAAUGUCAUUUUAUUUAACAUUCUGGCUUGUAAAGAGAACUGAAAUGAUUUUGCAAUCAUUAGCUUCAGUUUGUAUACCAGAAGGUGGUAAGUGCCUUCCCGAAAGCAUUCACACCCCUUGACCUAUUUCACUUUUUUAUUUGUGACAGCCUGAAUUCAAAACGGAUGAAAUAAAAAUUCUAACCCGUCUACACAAAAUACCCCAUAAUGACAGUGGAAAUAUUUGCGUGAUUAUUGAAAAUGAAAUGCAAAAAUAUAUGUCAAUUCUUUGUAGAAGCACCUUAGGCAGUGAUUACAGCUGUGAGUCUCUCUGGGUAAGUCUGAGCUUUCCACACCUGGGUUGUGCAACAGUUGCCCACUUAAUUCUUCAAUUAUUUAAGCUGUCAAAUUGGUUGUCCAUUUUCAGGUCUUGCUGUAGAUUUGUCAAAACUGUAACUCGGCCACUCUGGAACAUUCUGUCUUGGUAAACGACUCCAGUGCAGAUUUGCCCUUGUGUUUUAGGUUAUUGUUCUGCUGAAAGGUGAAUUAUUUUCCCAGUGUCUGGUGGAAAGCAGAAGAUACCAGGAUUUCCUCUAGGAUCUUGCUUGUGUUUAGCUCAUUCUGUCUUUUUUCGUUUUUAUCCUGAAACUACCCCAGUCUGCAAUGAUAAGCAUACCCAUAACAUGAUGCAACCACCACUGCUUGACAAUAUGAAGAGGUGUGAAAUACCCAGCAACGUUGCAGUUCUUGACACACUCAAACUGGAAGACCGAUUAGCUGUGAAGUCACUUUGGCCGGAGAAUGAAGGCGUCACUUCUAUCCCCUACAAGAUCAACGGUGAUCUGGUGGACAGAAGGGAGACUAUGCUAGCAGCGUUCAAGAUGAUUUCAGACCAGACGUGUAUCCUCUUCCACGAAUACACCAAUGAGAUUAACUACAUAGAGUUAAUCUCUGGGACAGGCUGUGCGUCGUAUGUAGGUUUUCAGGGCGGGGCCCAGCCUCUGUACUUCGGUAGUGCCUGUAAUGUGGGGAACCUGUGUCAUGAGCUGAUGCAUGCCCUGGGCCUGCACCACGAGCACACACGGCCAGACCGUGACCAAUACAUCACCAUACAGUGGGACAACGUGGUCUCGGGAAAAGAAGAUAACUUUAAGGUGAAGGAAGGAGACACUCAGGAUCUGCCCUAUGACUACGACUCCAUAAUGCACUACGGAACUUAUUACUUCUCAUCAAACCGGAACCCCACUAUUGACUCCAAGAAGAGUGGAGUCCAGAUUGGACAGAGAAAUCACCUGAGCCCCCUGGACAUAGCACGCCUUAACAAACUCUAUCAAUGUGAAUAACAAUGCACAGUUUAGCAUUUAUUACACCAUCGAAGAAGAUUCCAACACCACUGCUGCCGACUGAUUCCAACACACAUGGCACUGACAUCCUAACUUCUCUUCACAACAAUGAAUAAGUUGGACAAGUCCCUUAAAGCUUUCUGAUGUAUUAUACGUGUGGCUGGCUGCAGGCAGUGGUUUUAUUUCUCCUGUGUACUCUUGCUGCCUUGAAUUAGGCCUAUACCACUGCACUUGUCUUGGAAAUAAAUAAAAUGACCAUAGACUGAAAA